GAUGCUAAUCUGAUUUCAAACACCUCUCCAGGUACUGCCGAGGUAUCCUCUAUUCUGGAGGAGCGCAUCCUGGGAGCCGACACCUCGGCGGAGCUGGAGGAGACGGGCCGCGUGCUCUCGAUCGGUGACGGGAUUGCCCGCGUGUACGGCCUGAGAAAUGUCCAGGCUGAAGAGAUGGUUGAGUUCUCUUCUGGGCUGAAGGGUAUGUCCUUGAAUUUGGAGCCUGACAACGUUGGUGUUGUCGUGUUUGGUAACGACAGACUGAUCAAGGAGGGG